AUGGGGACGCAAGAUUUUGCCAGGAGGAACGUCGGAGAUUCGGAGGACUCAGUGGCGGUCUCGAGAGACUCAUCGGCGGAAGAAGUGACAGCCGAGGCCGCCCAUAGUAUCAGUGCUGCGCCUGCUCCUUCUCUGCCGUGGGGGAGGGUUGCACCCUCACCCGACAGCUCUCAGCCGCUGCCUGGUCCCUGGGGACGGCUGCAGGAGGUCAUGGACGAGAUCAAGGUGAUGAGCCCUGCUUCCCCAACUUCGCGGGUGCCGCACCCCUUCCUUUCCGGCGCCCGCCCAUCCUCCACUGCGGCUGCCGAAGAGCGCAAAGGCUUCGCUCGCACGUCCUCGCCCCUCCCCAUGCCCACCAGAGGCCGUAUCGCGGGCUCUUCUUCCGCAUCCGCAUCCGCAUCCUCCCGCAUCGCCGAUAGCCGCCAACAGACACGGCAGCAGGAAGAGAAGCAGCAGCAGCAGCAGCAGCAGCAGCAACAGGUUCCAAGAUCCCUGUCUCCGUCGUCAUCGCCUCGCCAAGUCACGUCGCCCCCGACACCGGCUGCUUUGGCCGCAAACACGCCGUGUGAGACGCCGCCGACCGCUGUUCAGCAACCGGUAGCACCGGCGUCGAGCUUGCCCUCAUCGCAGCACCUCGCAGCCGUAGAGGAGCAAUCGCAGCAAUCGUCCUCAUCCCCAAGAUCGAGCGCUGCCGCGGCGGAUGCGAAUGAACCCGGCGUCCAUACGAAGCAGGAGCGAGAAGAGGAAACGCCACCUGUACCUGUACCAGGGUUGGCACUGGGCUACUCUACUUCACCACCGUUUUCGUCUGCGGCGACGGGCACGAGGGGUGCGGGGGGUGAGGUGGCAGCGACGGCAGCGCCUACAGCGACGGCGGCGGCAGGCAGCGAUUCGGGGGCAGCGCCCGUUGGAACGGCUAGCCAUGGCUUUAGCGACCAAGCUGGGGAAGAACCCGAAGAUCUAAGGGGUGAUGAUACGGCCGAGGACCUCGUGAACGUUCGUGCUGUACUGCCGGUGGAGGAUGAUGCUGCCACGGGUGGGCGCGGCUACGUGGGACAGAGAUUCAUUCAGGCCGCAGAGGCCCUCAGCGAAUCCCCUCAACUACGACGUGCGGCAGGAGCGGCGGCGACGGCCGUGUCGGCCGCUGCCGGUACGGCCAGGGUGCAGUUCACGUACACAUCCAGAACCAUCGGCAAGUAGGAAGGAACGAUUGGCCAUCGGUGAUCGGUCCUGUGGGAACAAUGCUCCGUCCUCUCGAAGACGCGUGGUCAAUGGUCUAACCGCUAAGGCAUGCAAAACAAAAGAGUACGCCCCCCC